CACAUGGCAGCGGUGCAUGUCUGCUUGUUAUGUCACUGCGUGCCGUCUUUUUUUCUUGCCUUAGGGGGUGUGAUAGCUUACAUCAGCUCUUCAAGCUCGGCAUCUAGCCCAGCCUCAUGUCACAGUGAGAGCUCAGACAGCGGUUUCCAGUCAUCCGCUUCCCCUGUACCAUCUUCUCCGAACAGCUCCUCCUCGGAAAGUGGCUGCAACGGACGGAGCAGCGAAGGCUCUGAUGGGGCACCGAAGAGCGAUCGGUUGGAGGAGACGAUUAAGACAAACCAGUCGAGUGUUGCUGGUUUGACAAAAGGCCAUAAUGGAGUCACAAAAUUUAAUGGCAUGGUUCUUCUCUGCAAAGUCUGCGGAGAUGUCGCUUCAGGAUUUCAUUAUGGUGUUCAUGCCUGUGAGGGCUGCAAGGGUUUUUUCAGAAGAAGCAUUCAGCAAAACAUCCAGUAUAAGAAGUGCUUGAAGAAUAACAACUGCUCUAUAAUGAGAAUGAAUAGGAACAGAUGCCAGCAGUGUCGUUUCAAAAAAUGCCUGUCUGUUGGGAUGUCAAGAGAUGCUGUUCGAUUUGGCCGUAUUCCCAAACGUGAAAAACAGAGGAUGCUGAUUGAAAUGCAGAGUGCCAUGAAAACCAUGAUGAACAGUCAGUUCAGCGGUCACUUACCCAAUGAAGCAUUAACAGAACAUCAAGAUCAAGCACUUCAAGAAGACCUUUCCUCCAACCCCAAACAAGAGCGGGAAACCAUCAAAAGCCCUUCUCCUCCUCCUAGUGCUGACAUGGCUAAGGAAGAAGUGAUCGGUAUGGUCACUAGGGCCCACAAAGACACUUUCAUGUACAACCAAGAACAGUCUCAAAACCCAGCAGAGAUGAUGCAGUCCCAAAGUGGGGAGAGAGCGUCAAAGAACACCGAGCAGUACAUCUUGAGCAGUGAGCACUGUGUUAGUGGGCUCGGUGGCCCUCAGUACCCUGGAAGUGAGCAGCCCCUUGGUGGACAGUACAAAGGGAGAAGUGCAAUGCAUUAUCCAAGUGGACACGCCAUAUGUUUCACAAAUGGCCACUGUAUGAACUUCCCCAGUGGUUAUACUCAGCGACUGUGUGAUAGGAUCCCAGAAGAUGGCUUUUCUCCAAACAAGAAUACCACUUACUCUUGCAGCACUGGAGGAAGAAUGCAUCUGGUCUGCCCAAUGAGUAAGACUCCCCACGUGGACCCAAACAAGUCUGGUCAUGAAGUCUGGGAAGAGUUUUCCCUGAGUUUUACCCCUGCGGUGAAGGAAGUGGUGGAGUUUGCCAAGCGCAUCCCAGGUUUCCGAGAUCUCUCCCAGCAUGACCAGGUUAAUCUUCUGAAGGCUGGGACCUUUGAGGUUUUAAUGGUACGGUUUGCAUCUUUGUUUGAUGCAAAGGAACGUACCGUCACCUUCCUCAGUGGAAAGAAGUACAGUGUGGAUGACUUACAUUCAAUGGGAGCUGGUGAUCUGCUCAACUCAAUGUUUGAAUUUAGUGAGAAACUAAAUGCCCUGCAACUUAGUGAUGAGGAAAUGAGUUUGUUUACAGCGGUUGUCCUGGUAUCUGCUGAUCGCUCUGGAAUAGAAAAUGUCAAUUCUGUGGAGGCCCUUCAGGAAACACUAAUCCGUGCAUUAAGGACCUUAAUCAUGAAAAAUCACCCAAAUGAAGCCUCUAUUUUCACAAAACUUCUUUUGAAAUUACCUGACUUGCGUUCCUUAAACAACAUGCACUCUGAAGAACUCUUGGCCUUUAAAGUUCACCCAUAGGCCUUUAGGUCUCAUUUGUACUUGGACUUGCCUCGUGUUAAACUGUUUUGUGCUAAAAUAUGUAUUUAUACAGUUGUACCACUUGUUGGGGAGAGAGAGUUCACAGACUGUGAACAAUUGAUAGCUGUCCCAUAACCAUGCAAUAACGCUUCAGCAGGUGCUUUCAGCUAACGGCGGCGCAGCAUUCAGACUCCUCCAAGACGUCCAGACCCAGCUGUGCCACACUUCCAUAGAAGAGGUUGUGAUGAGCCCGAGUAAAUAUGGACUGUUCUUUCACUUAGAAAAAAGAACCACCACUGCCCUCUCAUGUAAACUGAAUGCAGACUAGCUGUGUAUGUGCAUAUGGAGCAUGGAAUGGGGUGGGAACAAUCCUGCGCUAAUAGGAAAAUGGAAGAGCUGAUUUAAUUGGUCUUUCACUUAUCUAAUAGGUGUAUGUCUGUGUCUCUUGAUAACUCACUCAUGGUUUCACUGUUGUUAUUCCAUUAAACCUGAUGGAAUGAUUUCAGCCUGCACCAACUCUUCACUGACCGUGUGUUCAUACCGUGUGUAUAUAAUAUAAAUAGUUAAGUAAUGAGUGUUUAUGGCUAUAUAAAGUACAGAGUUGUGUGUAUAUAUGUGUAUGUAUAUAAAUAGUUCUAUACAUAAAGUAUACAUACAAUUCCUUCACAAUAUUUUAAACUGUGAAGGAAUUUAAACUUAAAACAGAAGGUGAUCUAUGGGAAGAACCAAGUAGAUGCACUUUGCAUAUUGCUGAACUAAUUAUCUGAGCAUUUCUAAUUUUUAGAAAACAUCAAAUUUGCAUUAAUAUGCUGUGUUUGUUAAUUUAAAACAAAACCAACAGAGUGGCACCAAAGGGGCAGAGUCAGCUUCAACUUCCAGAACGGGCUCGUAGAGAAUCUCAAGUGGAGAUGGUUGGUUGUGGCACGAAUGAGAUUGAUUGUCCAUUGCCACUGAGGUUCUUACAUUCUGAUAAAGGUUAAAGAAGCACCAGAUGCUCUUCAAAAACUUCAGCACAGCCAGAAAGAAACUAUCAGAUGAGUAACAGCAUCUAUCAGAAAAAAAUAUGGGAAAAAUGUAUCCACGGUUGUGUUUGGGUGUAUGUGUGUUCUGUGACCAUUUAUUUCUUGCAAUGCAUCAUUUUGCUGCUUCAUUGCUAAAUGAGAAUUGAACACAGAAAUGUGAGAUGCUCCAUGUCUUUUCACAAUUUGGGCUUUGUGGUUCCCAUGCCUGUUCUUCUGGAGCUCUCCAUUGGCGCGUGUGCAUGUGAGUGCGUGUGUGUGUGUGUAUGUGCAGAGAAGGUGCACUGGAUGGUCUGGAUUUUUUUCUUAAAAAAAAAAACAAACAAAAAACAAAACACCACAAAAACCAAACAAACAAAUGGGACUUUUUUUGUUGUUUAUGCCAGUAGCAAAUUACAAAGCGGCUCUCUAUGGGUUUUCUCCAUUUGUAGCAGGACCUGGCACCAGAAAAGAGAGAUUAAAAAAAGCCAAAGCAGUUGUGUUAAUUAGUUAUGUUUAUGUUUUGCUAAUGUGGGAAGAAGAUUCGCCAUUACCCUUGUGUUUAGUUAACUUACCUUAGAGGUAGCCCUCUGGGUCUCCAGCGUUUGGUAACACUGCUCUGCGGAGGGAGAGGCUUCUCAGUUACUGCGUUUAGAUGUAUGUGGUAGCUGAGGCCAGGAGCCAGAAAGCCGCCAGACUGCAGAGCUCCUCCUCGCCGUGCAGGAGCAGCUCUUGCGCAGCAGCGAGUCGAUGGGAGCCCUCGCGCUUGCCGCAGAGCUGGAGCAUCAGGAGCCAGGCAGAGGAGGGGAGGCUCGUGCCCUGCUGUGGCUCCGGUCACCUUUGGGCUGGGGGAUUUCCCCUUGGAAAGUGGUAAGGAGUGCUGGCCAGGGGGCUGAGAGGGGCAGGCGGCAGGUGCUUGAGUAAGAGCUGGGGAAAAUUCAGCUUUAGCCUUGGCUAAGGAGCAGAAGAGCCCACCCUUUCCCCUCCUCCACAGCUGCUGCGGGGAGAGCUGUCCUGCUUCAAGCUACUUUUAACCACUGGAUAACGGCCCCUUAAUACAUACAGUUUUGCUGUCCAAAUGUGCUGUUGGGGCAUAUUGUCCUAAUUUCUGUUAACAGUCUGCAUCCUACCAGUAUUACUUGUUUCAGAGCUUCACCAAAUUACGCGUUGAACCAUUCAGACUUUAGAAAGGACACAGUCACAUGUUUUGUAUUAUUCAGGAGCUGAAAUGACUUCUUUGUAGACCCCAUUUCAAAUGUGGAAAGUACAGUUAACCCUCGGUUGUUUUGGGAGAGAAGGAGGCUUCUUACAGAGAUUGCCGCCCUACAACUGUGUUUCGUUGUGUUUUGGGUUUGGUUUUUUUUUUUUUUCCCUCUUCUUAAAUCUGUAUUACUAAGCCUUUAGGAAUGUAUAACCAGGACUGAGUAAUUACUGCUUAUUAAAUUUUUAGUUAGAUUGACCAUGUAUGCCUAUAGAUAGAUAUUCUAACUUGUGCAAUUUCAUUUGAAAUAAUCUUCCUGUACAUAAUGGAAAAACUUACAUAACAGAAAAAAGCCCCAAACAGAUUGACUGAAUAAAAAAGUUGAUCAAAGUAUGGUUCAAAAGUGACCCACGUAUUACGAACCCUAGCUGGACUCUUAGAAGAAAAUCUAAACUCAUCGUGUUAGCUGUGUAUUGUGAGCUCUUCUUUUACUGUGUCACUGGUUAUACACUUGUUAAACGCUGAGAUAAUAGACUUCAUGCCAGGCAUUUGAGUACUGUAGAUUGGGUCAUUGCUGAAAGAUUAAUGUACUGUAUGACUUAAAUGAAAUUUUUAUUCUUGAUUUUAUUCUUGAUUUUGUUCUUGUUUUAAAAGAUUAAA